AUGGUCUACAGCCGUGCAGUGAGUGUUUUCAGAUUUCAAAGUUUAAUCUGAGAUUUUUAGUGGAAAAACUUCAUUUUGUUAAUGGUUUAUUCACUGCUGGCCUAAGGCAAUAUUCAAUGGGGGCAUGAUCAGAAAAGCAACAAGCAAAAGAAAAACUCCUUUUUUUUAGUAGAAUGUCGUUUCAAAGUUCAGAAACUUCCCUUUGAGAAGAAGACGAUAAAAAUCCUUGAUUCUAGCCAAAAAAAAUUUGAAAAUGAUUGUUCAAAGCGGCUCUGAAAAUAUUCAAAAACCUCGUAUUGUCAAAAAUGUAAUUUUCUAAUAACUUACAAAAAAUUGGAGACCUUCAAAUUUUCAAACAAUCUUUUAAAUUUGUGGAUUUUCAGCGCGAAGUGAUCUCCAUCCACGUGGGACAAGCUGGAGUCCAAAUGGGCAAUGCUUGCUGGGAACUUUACUGUCUUGAACAUGGAAUCCAACCGAACGGGAUGAUGUCAGAAGACGACAGCUUAGGUUUUUUUUUUCUUGGAAUUGUACUGAGUAUCCCAUUUGUAUGAAAUUUCAUCUUUGAUCGUCUCUUUAUUCAUCAGAUAUUCCCGCUAACAUGCUUAUGUACAUCUUUUUAAGAUAUCUUAACUUUUUGGAUAGAUGAGACAAAAAAAACCGCAUUCUAUCAACAAAAAAAAUAGAGAAAUGACGGUUUAAAAAAAAUGCGUUCUGUUCCGAACUUUAGAGUUCUCUGAAAAAAACGACUGCAUGCCAUGGAAAAUUUAAAGUCAGCAGUUGAAAAAAAUCCUUAAUAAUUUUACAAGAUAUCAAGCACAUAAAUGAUAACUUGAAGAUUUUUUUCUUGAACGCGAGAAUAUUUUUAAAACUUCUGAAACUCCUUGUAUAACCACCAAGAUGCUAUAGUUCCAAAUCGUCAAAAACCAUUUUUUUUUUCAGGAUUGGAAGACGAUUCAUUCAACACCUUCUUCUCGGAAACGAUGUCUGGAAAACACGUCCCAAGGGCGAUCAUGGUCGACUUGGAACCCACUCCGAUCGGUAAUUAUUACAGCCACUUGAGCUUCUGCGCGCCUUCUUGGGCCUUUUUGAAGCUCAAUCGGACGAGAGGAAAAGAGCCCUGCCGGCAAUUAUAGUUGUUGUGAGAGACGCAGCAGAAACACUUCGCGAUUUAGCCUUUCCUCUUGGUCCUAAAUCCGAGUCCCGAAUUCAAUAGCGCGUGACAUAAUGGCACCUCCCAUUACUUAACCUCUCAAAACUCAGGUAUUAGUGGAGGAUAAAAACGGAGCUUUUCUAAUAAUUUUUUAAUUGGAGCUGUUCAAGAAAGGGUCGACUUGAUUUUCUUAUUCAAAACCAACAAAUAAAUAAUUUGCGACGAAAAUUGUUCUAUGAGAAUUGAGGACUAUUAUGAAACUAUUGAAAGCUUGCAAGGAAGGUCAUUUUACUUGGGGGUUUGGAAUUUCUCGAAAAUUGGUCAGGGAGCUCCCUGAUACACCAAGAAAAGCUCCUGCAGGUCUCAACCUGCAAAAUUUUGACUAUGAGAUGUUUUUUUUUGAAAUCUAGAGACUUGACCAAGUUGAGACUUUCUGUGCCUUCAUUUGGUACAUCAAGGAAUGCCCUGGCCGAUUGUUAGGCAAAGCAAAAUGACCUUCCUCGUUAAUAAAAUGAGAAAAAAUUUCAGAUGAAAUCCGCACCGGCACCUACAAAGGAUUAUUCCAUCCUGAACAGCUACUGACCGGAAAGGAAGACGCGGCGAACAACUACGCCCGCGGCCACUACACGGUCGGCAAGGAGAUCAUCGACGUCGUCAUCGACCGGGUCCGACGGCUCGUCGAACAAUGUCAGGGCCUACAAGUGCGUUUUUGUUCAUUUUUUUUGAAUUUUGUCCGGAAAUUCAGGGAUUCCUCGUUUUUCAUUCUUUUGGUGGUGGAACUGGUUCAGGAUUCACAGCCUUACUUAUGGAGCGACUCUCAGUUGACUACGGAAAGAAGAGCAAACUCGAGUUUUGCGUGUAUCCCGCACCACAAGUGAGAUUUUAGUCUAAGUAGAAAGAAUGAAGUGAUUUUCCAGGAAGAAUUAUGAGGCUACCUCUCAUGUCUGAAAAUUAUCGAGAAAAAUUGGUUGGAUGCCCAAAAGCAAAAAAAAUGUGUAAAAUUUAGAGAUGUUCUGUCGGUAAUAAGUUAACUCGAUUUCUGUCCUUCAAAGCUCUUUUCUGUUUCAAAAGGCAGCAAAAAACCCAAUUUUUAUGCAGGUCUUCAAAUAAAAGGACGAAGAUAAUAAUUUGCUCUCGGAAAUCCAAAAUAACUGUUUUUGCUUAUACUGAUUCGAAGUCAAUAUUAUUUUUCUAAACUUAUAAUUUUGCAAAGAGUUUCAGGUCUCAACAUCGAUGGUAGAGCCCUAUAACUCAAUUUUGACGACCCAUACCACACUUGAACACUCGGAUUGCUCUUUUAUGGUCGACAACGAAGCCAUUUACGACAUCUGCCGUCGUAAUCUGGACCUCGCUCGGCCAACUUACACUAACCUGAACAGACUAAUAGCUCAGGUGGAGAAAAUCUGAUAAAGCCAUCCAAAUUGCAUGUUACAGGUCAUAAGCUCAAUAACGGCAUCUUUACGAUUCGAUGGAGCGUUGAACGUCGAUCUCACGGAGUUUCAAGUGAAAAUGGAAGAGGAAGAUUGUUGAACUUCGUUUGUUACAGACAAACUUGGUACCGUACCCUAGAAUUCACUUCCCACUUACGACAUAUGCACCGAUCGUUUCUGCGGAAAAAGCUUACCACGAGCAAAUGACGGUUUGAUUUUUUCAAUUUUUUUUUCUCUGCUAUGAGAAGAAGCUAAAAAAAAAUGGCUGCUGAGUUUUAUAUCUUCAAUUCUUUUUUUUUUUGAACUGGACUAGUUUUCAUGUUGACGACUUCUGAAUCAUUAAGGUAGCCGAGAUCACUCAACAGUGCUUCGAACCUGGAGCCCAAAUGGUAAAAUGUGACCCGAGGCGCGGAAAAUACAUGGUAGUUGUCCAAGAACCUUUUUUUGAAGUUCACCAUUUCAGGCUUGCUGUCUUCUUUACCGAGGCGACGUUGUUCCAAAAGAUGUGAAUGCUGCUAUUGCUGGAGUCAAAACCAAGAGAUCGAUUCAAUUUGUAGAUUGGUGCCCAACAGGAUUCAAGGUUUGGGCAGCGAAAGAAAUAUAUUCGGAACCAUUUAAGGUUGGAAUAAACUAUCAACCGCCAACAGUCGUGCCAGGAGCCGAUCUGGCCAAAUUGCACAGAGCUGUUUGCAUGCUUUCAAAUACAACGGCGAUUGCUGAAGCCUGGGCCAGACUGGACCACAAAUUCGAUCUCAUGUAUGCGAAAAGAGCUUUUGUACAUUGGUAAGAAAUAUUUCUCUAUCAAGUUUUUAAAAACAUUUUCAAGGUACGUCGGUGAAGGAAUGGAAGAAGGAGAGUUCAGUGAAGCUCGUGAAGACCUCGCUGCCCUGGAAAAAGACUAUGAAGAGGUGAGAUUUUCACAGAAAAGAAAGGCAAAUUUGAAAUUUCAACGGUGGGCUCAUUUUCUUUCAUUUAUUCAACAAGCCUAAUGAAAAUUUUUUAACUUUAGGUCGGACUUGAUGGAGGUGAUCCCGACGAGGAAGAUGUUUACAGCCACUAUUAA